AUGGCUGGUGGGAAACACCUUGCGACAAGUACACCAACAAGCUCGCAGCAGCCGCCUGCGAAGCGGACGUGUUGUGAUACUGAUGGCUGUUACCCAUCGAACUCGCCACCAGUUGACGCGCCACAACGCGCCGCCUCCAUCUCCAAUAGCCUUACGAACGAUAGAUAUACUGUGGGAUGGACAUGCGCCCUCCCUAUCGAGCUUGCCGCUGCGGAGGAGAUGCUGGAUGAAGAGCAUGAGACCCCACCAGACGGCUUGGAUCCCACUUCCUACACUCUGGGCAGUAUUGUGAAUCACAAUGUAGUCAUAGCAUGCCUGCCGGCCGGGCAGACGGGCAUAUCCUCUGCAGCCACGGUUGCAACGCGAAUGAAAUCCAAGUUCACGUCAAUCCGCUUUAGCCUAGUGGUUGGGGUCGGCGGCGGGGUCCCAAGCACUGAAACAGAUAUACGACUUGGAGACGUGGUAAUUAGCCAACCAUACCUGCAGCAUGGAGGAGUGGUGCAGUACGACUUUGGGAAGACAGAGGAAGGUGGUCGCCUGGUACGGACAGGAUCGCUUAACGCACCGCCGGCAGUACUACUUGGGGCUAUCUCGAAGGUACGAGCGCUUCACUACCGGAAUCGGCGCAAACUUGUCAGUUAUAUUUCUACCUUCGAUCGGCUAGAAAGCUUCAGCCGUCAUAUGGCGGGACCCGAUGUAUUGUUCGAGGCAACGUAUACCCAUAUUGGAGGAGCAACUUGUGAGUCAUGCAGCAAGGAGAGGGAAAUAAAGCGCACUCUACGAAAGGAUCAAGGUGUCGUGGUCCAUUAUGGUACAAUUGCGUCAGGCAACCGGGUUAUAAAGGAUGGCGGUACCAGAGACAAGCUUAGCGCAAAGCUAGGUGGAGUAAAGUGCUUUGAAAUGGAGGCUGCCGGACUAAUGAACGACUUCCCUUGCCUUGUUAUUCGAGGUAUUUGCGACUAUGCCGACUCGCACAAAAACAAGAAAUGGCAGCCUUACGCGGCGGCUGCUGCUGCUGCAUGUGCCAAGGAAAUCUUAUCGGUCAUACCUGCAGCUGAAGAAGAAGUAACAUGUAUCAACGAGACUACUAUGCAUGAUAUGCUCCGUUCCGCCAUUGAUGAGUUAAAUCUAGAUCAGUUACUUUCGAUGUUAUCAGGAGUGGACCAAGACCGGCACAUGUCUGCAAUACCAAGCCUGGAUCCGAAUGAUCAUAUGUUUUACUGGAUCUUUAAGAACAUGGACUUUACCCAAUGGAGGUCUGCUAAACGUUCCCAAGUGCUUUGCCUCUGGGCGGAGCCCAAUCGCAACAUCUCCCAAGUCUCAUCGUACAUUAUUGGCCAAGAGAAGAAGGCAAACCGUCUUGUUCUAUACUUUUUCUGCUCAGCUGCAAUUAAGAGCAAACCCAUUGUCACUACUUUCGUUCACACACUUAUUCAGCAGUUGGUCCGCUGUUUGCCGAGAAGCAAGGGCAUAAUGAUCAUCCGAAGCUUCCUCCAUAGUCUCCUUCAAGAGGCUUUCCAAACCGAGGCAGUUCCAAACCAGAAAGAUCGGGUCUUUAAUGGGAAAGGACUUUCAAAAAGCAUUCAGAAUAUCCUCGAUGGUGCCGGGGCCGAUGAAGUUUUAACUGCAUUAAAGAUGGUACUAGAUGAUGACGAGCAACGAGAUUUUUUGAUUGUCGUUGACGGGUUAGGCAAAGUUGAGCGGGAGAGGUUUGAAUUCAUUACUUAUGUUGGCGCACUCGUAAAACAUCUGCAGCAACGGAACUCGAAUUUUAAGACGCUGCUUACUGGUCAACAACUGGCUGACAUUAAGGAUCUCCUAGCUGGAUUACCUUGCAUUGAAUAUGAUAAAGAAAGAAGAGAGUGCUUAGCUAGCCUUCACUUUGAUAAUACGCGAUACGACAAGAUUUCGCAAGAGCACAAAGGUUCCUUCGAGUGGAUCUGGGCGCAUAACGAGUACAGGAAUUGGUCUGCUCCCGACACUUCCCGACUACUAUAUAUCCAAGGGAAACCCGGCAGCGGCAAAAGCACCCUUACGAAAUAUUUAAAUCAUAAUCUGCUAAAGCAGGAGCCGGCUGCAAAUUCAGCUAUUAUAGCGAGGUUUUUUUAUAGUUUCCGAGAUGGUGAGCUUCAAAGAAGUCAUUACAAUAUGCUUUUGUCAAUUCUGUAUGAUAUUUUGCAUCAGGACGAAGCCUUCUUUUACCAUCAAUUUCAAACUGAAUAUCGGGCCCUGCGUAACCCUAGGAUUAGAUUUAUUUGGGAUUACGCGUCGUUAAAAAGAAUUCUGAAGUCAUUACAGAAUUAUUCAACAAUGAAGCGAUUAUAUCUGAUUAUCGAUGCAGUGGAUGAAUCCGAGGAAUCUGACAGGCGCGAUAUUCUCGGCCUUUUGUUGGAGCUUUGUUCCAAAACGAAUCACUGCGUCACCAAGGUAUUCGUUGCCAGUCGGCCAGUGGCACAACUCGAAGCUCGCAAAGGCCGAUGUCAUAAUUUUAUAAGACUACAAGACGAGACACAAGCAGACAUCGCUAAUUUCGCUCAUUCCUUGCUGGAUGGUCUCAAUCUUACGUUUCUCCUUGCUCGGGCGGCUGAGUACGUCGUUCGGAGUGCUCAGGGGGUUUUCCUAUGGGUAAAAUUGAUUGCCGAGGAGUUAGUGAACUCUCACGAGGAAGGCUGCUCUGAGGAAGACAUCUUUGACUUGCUCAAACAGCUUCCAACUGAGCUGGAGGACUUGUACGAGCGCAUGCUCGAGAAAAUGAAGGGGAACAAGUUAUAUCUCUCUGAUGCGGUUAAAAUAUUCCGAUUUGUUCUCUUCGCAAUACGGCCUCUUACUGUGGACGAAAUCCUCCACGCUCUUGGGAAAGGAACAGUUCAAGUUAUGCAUCAAACCGUCCGUGAGUUCUUCCUCAAGGAUGGUGGAUUUGUGGCAAAUUCUGCUUUCAAGAUAUGCGAGAAAGAAGCUCACAUUUGCAUAUCUGUAACUUGUGUGCGGUAUCUCAUGCUCUGUGCGGCAAACACCUCUCUUGUGGAGAGACUGCCAGAUAUCAAAUCUUGGACUUCUGCACAAUUCCAGGCCUAUACGCGAUACCUAGACGCAAGACCACUGGCGAUAUAUGUACUCAACUAUCUCAAACAUCACAUCGACUGCUGCAGACAAGAUGCCAACGUGGAACGUGUCGCUUCUCAGUUCAUUAACAACUUGACCUACGAUCCGGCCGCUACCCUGUUGGAGAAAUGGACUGGUUCACAGUUAAACAGAAAUCCCUUUAGCAGCGAACAGGUUGCUAUCGCGAAGGACUUUAGAGCCAAAGCCUUACAUGCUGCUGUUCGGAACCGAUUUUCUAUCGCAGUUGAAGUGUUGUUGGCGGCUAGCGCAGACAUCGAGUCCGCGGAUAAGUAUGGUCGGACGCCCCUACUGUUAGCCGCCGAGAACGGGUAUGGUGAUAUCGUUAAGGUAUUGACCGAUAAUGGCGCCAACGUCAACUCCCAGGACCACGAGUAUGGUCGGACACCGCUUUCAUGGGCUGCCGCGAACGGGUACGAGGCCAUCGUCAAGGUGCUGGUCGAGAAUGGCGCCAACAUCAACUCCCAGGACCGCGACUUUGGUCGGACCCCGCUGUGGUGGGCCGCCGCGAACAGGCACGAGGCCAUCGUCAAGGUGUUAGUCGAGAAGGGCGCCAACGUCGAGUCCGCGGAUAAGUAUGGUCGGACCCCGCUACUCUUCGCUGCUGAGAAUGGGCGCGGGGCCAUCGUCAAGGUGCUGGUCGAGAAUGGCGCCAACAUCAACUCACAGGACUGGGAGUAUGGUCGGACGUCGCUAUGCUGGGCCGCCGCGAAUGGCCAUGAGGCCAUCGUCAAGGUGCUAGUCGAGAAACGCGCCGACGUCGAGUCCGCAGAUAAGUAUGAUCGGACACCGCUACUCUUAGCCGCCGAGAAAGGGUACGAGACUAUUGUCAAGGUGCUAGUCGAGAAUGGCGCCAACAUCAACUGCCAGGGCCGCGACUUUGGUCGGACUCCGCUAUGGUUGGCCGCCAAGAACGGGCACGAGGCCGUUGUAAAGCUGCUACAACGCACAACUCGAUAA